UGGGGGGGAAGAAGAAGAGGAGUUUGGAUUGGAGUUGCUGGGAGUAUUAGAGUUAUUGGGUAGAGGUGUGGUAAGGGAGGGUUUAGUUAUACUAGCUUCGGAGUUAAUAGUAGCUAGGGGUGUAGGGUUGAUAGAGGAAGUAGAAGUUGAAGGUUUAAAGAGGAAAA